CUGAAGGGGGCCGACAUGGCGGCGGCGGCGGCGGCUUCGCUUCGCGGGGCGGUGAUGGGCCCUCGGGGCGCGGGCCUCCCGGGCGCACCUGCCCGGAGGCUGCUGGGCGGCGCACGGCCUGGGCAGCUCCCCCUGCGGACGCCUCAGGCAGUAUCCUUGUCCUCGAAGUCUGGCCUUUCCCGCGGGCGGAAGGUGAUGCUGUCAGCGCUGGGCAUGCUGGCGGCGGGUAGUGCAGGGCUGGCAGUGGCUCUGCAUUCUGCUGUGAAUGCCAGUGACCUGGAGCUGCACCCCCCCAGCUAUCCGUGGUCUCACCGUGGCCUCCUCUCUUCCUUGGACCACACCAGCAUCCGGAGGGGUUUCCAGGUAUAUAAGCAGGUGUGCUCUUCCUGCCACAGCAUGGACUACGUGGCUUACCGCCACCUGGUGGGCGUGUGCUACACUGAGGAUGAAGCUAAGGCCCUAGCUGAAGAGGUGGAGGUCCAGGAUGGCCCCAAUGAGGAUGGAGAGAUGUUCAUGCGGCCAGGGAAGCUGUCUGACUACUUCCCCAAACCGUACUCCAACCCUGAGGCUGCCAGGGCUGCCAAUAAUGGAGCCUUGCCCCCUGACCUCAGUUAUAUAGUUCGAGCUAGGCAUGGUGGUGAGGACUAUGUCUUCUCCUUGCUCACGGGGUACUGUGAGCCACCCACUGGCGUGUCUCUACGAGAAGGCCUCUAUUUCAACCCCUACUUCCCUGGCCAGGCCAUCGGCAUGGCCCCUCCCAUCUACACCGAUGUCUUGGAGUUUGAUGAUGGUACUCCAGCUACCAUGUCCCAGGUAGCUAAGGAUGUGUGUACUUUCCUGCGCUGGGCGUCUGAGCCAGAACAUGACCAUCGCAAACGCAUGGGACUCAAGAUGUUGAUGAUGAUGGGCUUGCUGCUGCCUUUGAUCUACGCCAUGAAGCGGCAUAAGUGGUCAGUCCUGAAGAGUCGAAAGCUGGCAUAUAGGCCACCCAAGUGACCCUUUCCAGCAUCUACUUGCCAUCUUGCCUGAACAGACCCUCAAGCCCAGGAGCCAUCCUAGGCCUGUUCAGGCCUUACCUGGCCCACUCGGCCCGGCCCCUCUUCGUCUGGGAUGAGGGAGGGGGCAGGAGACUGGGCCUUGGCUCCAGAUUUCAUUUAGCCUCAUCAUGGGAAUAAAUUAAGUUUCUCAACAUA